CAACUCCUCUCCCAGUUUGAUGAACUUGCUGAUGGGGGUAAAAGUGUUGCAGCAAGCAAUCAUUGAUUUGCUGUUGGAUAUUAUGGUCGAAUGUUGCCAACCUUCAGAAGGAAGUUCUAGUAGUGAGUCAUCUGAAGUGAAGCCUAAAGCUUCUCCAGAUGGCAAUGGAGCAGCUAGUCAAUUGGAGUCUGAUAGAGGUAAUGGUGCAAAAGAACCUUUGCAACUUUAUGCCCAUGAUAGACUGGAUACAGUGACGGAGGAGAGCAUGGAUUCAUCUGCUGUCCAAAGCUCGGAUAUUGAUGGGAUUAAUGCACCUGAAAAGGCUUUCUCUGGGCAGCCUAUAUAUCCACCAGAAACAUCUGCUGGUGGCUCCUCUGAAAAUCCUUCCCUUCGUACUAAGACCAAAUGGCCAGAGCAGUCUGAGGAGCUUCUGGGAUUGAUAGUAAACUCCCUAAGAGCACUAGAUGGAGCUGUUCCACAAGGUUGUCCUGAGCCAAGGAGGAGGCCGCAGUCUGCCCAAAAGAUAGCCCUUGUAUUGGAUAAAGCUCCAAAGCAUCUACAGCCGGACCUAGUUGCGUUGGUUCCAAAAUUGGUUGAGCAUUCAGAACAUCCACUUGCUGCUUAUGCUCUUCUAGGACGACUUGAGAAGCCAGAUGCUGAACCCGCAUUAAGGAUGCCAGUCUUUGGUGCCCUUGGCCAGUUGGAAUGUAGCAGUGAUGUGUGGGAACGUGUUCUUUUCCAGUCAUUUGAUCUUUUAGCAGAUUCCAUUGAUGAACCUCUUGCAGCAACUGUUGACUUCAUAUUCAAGGCUGCCCUUCAUUGUCUACAUCUUCCAGAAGCAGUCAGAGCCGUACGUGUCCGGCUAAAACAACUGGGCACUGAAGUCUCCCCAUGUGUUCUUGAUUAUUUGACCCGAACUGUAAAUAGCUGUGCAGAUGUUGCAGAAGCUAUUUUAAGAGAUAUUGAUUGCGACAAUGAUUCUGGUGACAAUUGCUCGGCUGUACCAUGUGGGAUUUUCUUAUUUGGUGAAAGUUGUCAUACUUCAGAAAGACCGCCUGAAGUAGAUGAGCAAGCUUUCCUUUCUACUCAUCAUUUUUCUGAUAUUUAUAUACUUAUUGACAUGUUAUCAAUUCCAUGUCUUGCCGUGGAAGCUUCCCAAACAUUUGAGAGAGCUGUAGCUCGAGGGGCCAUUGUGGCUCAGUCU